AUGGCUGCCCAAACCUCCCCUUUGGCAUGGCUUUCGCUUAUCAGCUUCACUCUUGCUAUGCUUAUUUGCUGCUGCCAUGGUUCCUCUGAUAACAGACAGGUUUACAUUGUUUAUAUGGGGAACCUGCCAAAGGGUGAGGUUUCAAUUUCAAGCCUUCACACUAAUAUGCUUCAACAAGUUCCUCCCAGCAAUAUUGUUGAAUCAGAUGUCUUGCUCUACAGCUACCACAGGAGUUUCAAUGGCUUUGCUGCCAAAUUGACCAAAGAUGAAGAAGAAAAACUGAAAGUAACUUUGGGUUUAAUUUCUUUUUUCAGAAAAAGAUGGCUUCACACAUCAAGGUCAUGGGACUUUAUGGGAUUCAACAGAAAAGUCAAAAGAACUGUCUUCGAAAGUGACAUCAUCAUCGGGAUGCUUGACACCGGGAUUUGGCCGGAAUCUCAAAGCUUUAAUGACACCGAAUUCGGUGCAAUUCCAGCAAAAUGGAAAGCCACUUGCCAAACCUCAGCCAAUUUCACUUGCAACAGGAAAAUAAUUGGAGCUAAGUGGAGGAUUGAUUUGGAAGCUGAACGUACCACCAAAAGUUUGGAAUUUUUCUGUGGAUGUUGGUUACUAAGCGAGCCACCUCCAACUGAGUGGAUGAAAUUCAAUGUGGAUGGUGUUGUUUUAGAGGAGGUUGUAGGGCGUGGUGGAGUUUAG